AUGGAAGGCUUCUACCACCAUAGCCAUCACAUGAACAACAUGAACAGUGACGCUCAUUUACCACCUGGUUUUCGCUUCCACCCUACUGAUGAAGAACUCAUCACGUUCUACCUUCUCAAGAAAGUUCUUGACAACACUUUCAGUGCUAGAGCCAUUGCUGAAGUUGAUCUCAACAAAUGUGAACCAUGGGAGCUACCAGAGAAAGCUAAGAUGGGUGAGAAAGAAUGGUACUUCUUCAGUUUACGUGAUAGGAAGUACCCAACUGGGUUGCGUACAAAUCGAGCUACAGAAGCUGGUUAUUGGAAAGCAACAGGAAAAGACAGAGAGAUUUACAGCUCCAAAACCUACUCUCUCGUUGGAAUGAAGAAAACCCUUGUUUUCUACAGAGGAAGAGCACCCAAAGGUGAAAAGAGUAACUGGGUUAUGCAUGAAUAUCGUCUUGAAGGCAAAUUUGCUUACCAUUUCCUCUCUAGAAACUCCAAGGAUGAAUGGGUGAUAUCACGUGUGUUUCAAAAGAGCAACUCCGGGAACGGAAGCACCACCGUAACAGCCACCACAAAUGGUUCAAAAAAGACCAAAAUAGCCUCAACAACCUCUGCAAGUAACAAUAGUACAAGUCUUUGCGCUGAACCAAGUUCACCUUCUUCAGUUUAUCUUCCGCCUCUACUUGAUUCAUCUCCAUCACUCCAACAACGCCGUUGCUAG